AUGCAACCCAAGACGCAGCGAAGGAACGCAGCUGCAACCCAAGACGCAGCGAAGGAACGUGAAUGCAACCCAAGACGCAGCGAAGGAACACAGAUGCAACCCAAGACGCAGCGAAGGAACGCGGAUGCAACCCAAGACGCAGCGAAGGAACGCGGACGCAACACAAGACACAGCGAAGGAACGCGGACGCAACCCAAGACGCAGCGAAGGAAUGCGGAUGCAACCCAAGACGCAGCGAAGGAACGCGGAUGCAACCCAAGACGCAGCGAAGGAACGCGGAUGCAACCCAAGACGCAGCGAAGGAACGCGGACGCAACACAAAACACAACGAAGGAAAGCGGACGCAACACAAGACGCAGCGAAGGAACGCGGACGCAACCCAAGAUGCAGCGAAGGAACGCGGAUGCAACCCAAGACACAGCGAAGGAACGCGGAUGCAACACAAAACACAACGAAGGAACGCGGACGCAACACAAGACGCAGCGAAGGAACGCGGACGCAACCCAAGACGCAGCGAAGGAACGCGGAUGCAACCCAAGACGCAGCGAAGGAACGCGGAUGCAACCCAAGACGCAGCGAAGGAACGCAGAUGCAACACAAGACGCAGCGAAGGAACGCGGACGCAACACAAAACACAACGAAGGAACGCGGACGCAACACAAGACGCAGCGAAGGAACGCGGACGCAACCCAAGACGCAGCGAAGGAACGCAGAUGCAACCCAAGACGCAGCGAAGGAACGCGGAUGCAACCCAAGACGCAGCGAAGGAACGCGGAUGCAACCCAAGACGCAGCGAAGGAACGCGGAUGCAACCCAAGACGCAGCGAAGGAACGCAGAUGCAACCCAAGACGCAGCGAAGGAACGCGGAUGCAACCCAAGACGCAGCGAAGGAACGCGGAUGCAACCCAAGACGCAGCGAAGGAACGCGGAUGCAACCCAAGACGCAGCGAAGGAACGCGGAUGCAACCCAAGACGCAGCGAAGGAACGCGGACGCAGCACAAGAUGCAGCGAAGGAACGCGGACGCAGCACAAGACGCAGCGAAGGAACGCGGACGCAACCCAAGACGCAGCGAAGGAACACAGAUGCAACCCAAGACGCAGCGAAGGAACGCGGAUGCAACCCAAGACGCAGCGAAGGAACGCGGAUGCAACCCAAGACGCAGCGAAGGAACGCGGACGCAACCCAAGACGCAGCGAAGGAACGCGGAUGCAACCCAAGACGCAGCGAAGGAACGCGGACGCAACACAAAACACAACGAAGGAACGCGGACGCAACACAAGACGCAGCGAAGGAACGCGGACGCAACCCAAGACGCAGCGAAGGAACGCGGAUGCAACCCAAGAUGCAGCGAAGGAACGCGGACGCAACACAAGACACAACGAAGGAACGCGGAUAAAUCCCCCAAAAAAUCCGCGGAAUUAA